AUGUAAAAGAGAGAAUAAAUCAAUCAAAUAGUCAAUUCUUUAAAAUAUAAAUUUUUCAAAGUUAUUUAUCUUAUCCUUAAGUAAUGGUCGAACUAUUAGUGGAUCACAAUAAUUAUAUGCUUAACCUAGUAUCUGCAAUAUACCUACUUAAACUUUGGUCUCAAGGUUUAGUAUGUAUGGAGAAACAAGGCCUAUAGUGAUAUGAUCAACCUCCUAUUGAAGUAUUUUACAAUAACAAUAUCUGUCAAGAAUCUAGGAAUCGGAACCUACCUCACCAUCUUUUACUUUUGUUUGGGUUUGGUGUUAUUUUCAAUAUUACUGAUAAUGCUUUUGGCUUUUGUGAUUUAAAACAAGAAAUUGCAGAGAGGACCCUUAAUAUUGCUACGCCUUUUGUUGAGAAUUAUUCUUACCUUUGGUUUCUGGCCAAUAGUGAGGAUGCAAUUUGGCUUAUUGGCUUGCGAAUACAACAAGAAAGGCAAGCUGAUUAUGAUGUUCGAGUAAUCCUAAGAGUGCUGGACAUCAGACUAUUAUAUUCAUGCAAUCGUAGCAAUAUUAGGAUUAAUAAUCACAUUGAGCUUUGGUGUAUUGAUGGCCUUCGUAACUUAUGAAUCAAGGAGAACUGACUAAGAUGCAAAUGCAAUGAGAAAUGGAAGAUCCUAUUAUUAGUUGUUGAUCUACAUAUUCACUCAGAUAAUGACAUACUAGUUAUUGGCAACACCUGAAUACACAAUAUUGAUCAUAGCAGUCUUUUUGAUUGGGAGUUCCAUUGUAUUUAUAAAUACCCAUAUCGACCAACCUUACUAUGAUACAUUCAUAUAGAAAAUGUGGUCGAUCUUGGCAGGAGUAAAUUUUUGGACAAUCAUUAUGAUGUUCUAUUCAUAUCUUCUGGAUGGCAAAACCUUUUAAAAUACCAUCUAAGCAUGGCUGCUAGGGAUUCCCCUAAUUAUUGGCAUCAUAAUAUUUAGAUAGAGAGAACAAUUUGAUUUGAUGAGGGCAAAUUUAAGAAAGUUUCAAGAUGGGGGAUAGGUCAUAAAGUUAUGCGAAUAUCUUUUGCUUCUCAUUCACAACUCAAGUAAAUCUCAGAGGUAUUAACUGCUGAUUGAUAGUUAUAUUGAAGUCCAUAAAGAAGUUUGCAAUAGAAACGACUGUGUUGUCAAACUCAAGGAGGAAAUGGCAAAUAAAUUUAAGGGCAAUCCCAAAUACACCAAUCGAAAAAAUAUAGUCAAUGAGUUGAUCACUCAAAUUUAUUAGGAAUCCAUCAAGAAUUUUCCAGAGGACAUUCAAUUAAGACUUAGUUAUGUUUACUUUCUUUAUGAUAAUAAAAAAUCUUAUUCUUUAAUCAUGUCAGAAUUAGUCCAAGCUAUGGAAUUCAAACCAACCUUUGAUUAUGAGUUUCAUAUUUACAGAUACAAAUUAAUUAUUGAGGAAGAAUCCCAACAAAAAGCAGAACAAUUUGAUAUAUCCAAUUCAACUAAAUAAACCAAAUAAUUGAUUGAAGUUCUAGAAUAAGCAGCAUUGCAAAUGAUAGAAUUUUGGAUCUCUAUGUCUGAUGAUCAUCCAGAUAUGAAUAAGCUCAUGAGUUUGGGAUUCAAGAUUUUGAAGUAAAAAGAAGAAAUAGAUUUAUUUUGGUCUAAGUUGAAAAACAGCGAUUCUUUAAAAUUAUUUAAUUUGAUGGCUAAAUUUUACCUUUUGGUAUUGGAUGAUUAAGAAGUUUCAGAUCAACUACAGAAUCAACUUUGGGUCUUAUAGAAAAUUAAAUAGUAAGAGGUAACUGAAAUAGAAGAAGUAUGCAAUAAAUCGAUUCCAACGUUAGUGGUAACUGCAUAAUUUUAAAACUUCCAUAUCUAAACUGUUAAUAAAGCUUUAUGCAGUCUGCUCGGAUAUUCUAAAACGGAUCUUAUUGGGAGAUCUGUCAAUCAAGUAAUUCCAGAGAUAUAUGCGACUCAACAUAAUUCUUGUUUGGAACUAUUUAUUGAAAAUUAAGCCAAAUAUUAAUAAAAUUUAGUUACUUAGAUUGUCUACCUUUAAGCAAAAAGUAAUUAUAUAAUACCUCUGUAUUCAAAUGUAAAAUUGAUACAAACAAAUAAUAAUCAAUUGUAUUUCAUUGCAUAAUAUCAAUAAACCUUCAGUCCAAAAUAAUAAUGUAUUUUACUCUUAGACAUGGAAGGAUACAUAGAAAACAUAACAAGUUCUUGCAUUAUAUUGUUGAGAUUGGACAUUAUUAAAAUACAGAUGAGAAGAAUCAACAUUAAAGAACUAUUUCCGGAUUUUCAUUUUAGAAAAUAAGAAUUUCUAUAAAAAAGUGGAGCAAAACUACACCUUAUUCCCCAUGGCUUGAAAUUCAGUACUAGAACUGUAGACACAAUUGAUUUUCAAUGUUAUUUGAAUUACAUUUAAUUUCCAUGUAUCUAAGAUGAAUAACUUUAUGGCAUAGUAAUGAGAUUAGAAAAAAUUAUCAGUCAUAAUGCUUCAGAAUCCAUUUUGAAAUUAACCCCAUAAUAAUAACCCAAAAUAACUAGAUUUCCUAUUUUUUAAUUCAUUCCUCCAUCAGUUUAUUAUUUGGACUAUUUAAGUGUAACAGAGAUUGAAGAGUCGAUGGAUCUUAAGUUGUCUUAAGACAAUUAACCUAAAUUAUCUAAAAUUGUGAAUUAUUUUUGCAUGGUAAAAAGGAUGUCAUAAUCUUAAAAACAAAGCAUUCAUUAUGAUGAUGGAAUUAGAGUAAAACGAUUAUGGGAUGGGUAGAUUAGAGAUUUAGAAGAUUUUGAUAUUGAAUAACAAUAAUUAGAAGAUGAUGAAGAGGAAUAUUUAAAUUCUCAAUAAUUAAUUAAGGAAAAAGAUAAAGAGAUGCAGGAAUUUCAACACUACUUUGAAUUAUUUUAAUCUAAAACCUCAAUGUACAAACUAUUAAUUAAUUCUAAUGUUUCAAGAGGAUUUUAAAUAUUAAACUAUUUAGUGAACAUAUCACUAUUUGUCCUUUACAUAUCUGGUUUGUUAGUAUUUAUAUUCAAUUUGAACGACGACUUAAAUGUGUCUAAUAUGAUUUUUAAUUUGAGUUUGAACAAUAAACGACUAUCAACUUGUUUGAUGAUCUAAACAAUUUUAUAAGAUGUUAGACUACUAAAUUAUGGAAAAAUUAAUGGUGAUUUUGAUUACAUUGAAUAAUAAUUUAAAAAGAUAUAGGACUUAAUUUAAAUUCAUACUUCAUUAAUGACAUCUGAACCAUUAAUUAACUAAGAAUACCUAGAAUAUUCUGAUGCAUAUUUUUCACUAAAUAUAGAGCUUUAAUCACUUGAUGGCAGUAAGAAAAAUUACACAUACAAGGAAGCAAUUGAUUUGUUGAUUGGCAAGGCUUUAUAUUUAAAUUCUGGAAAUAUUUCUAAAUUUGAUGACUCAGAUGUUGAUUUUUAUUUUUACAACUACAACACGAUAAAUUCAAUAACUAAAAAUUAUUAAAUUCCUUUAAACUACCGAUAUUAUUCAAUCAAAUCAGUUGCAUAGAACUCGUUAGAUAAUAAAUUGAUUUUUUUGAUUCUGCAAACCUUAUUGCAAUUAAUCGCAUAUAUCCUAAUAGCUUUAUAUUUAAUUUAAUUCAAUAGAUUCUAGCAUUAAAUUUAUUAGUUAUUUUUUGAAAAAUGCGAGUCCUUCUUAUCAUUCUUAAAUAUUGGAGAAGAUGAAAAUGAUGAAGUCCAAGAUGAUAAACAAAUGAAGUACACCUCUGACUAGGAUGAAAACAAAAUGAUGAAUAACAAAUAAAUUAAAAAUUGGAAAAACAGCAAUAAAAAGUUCAAAAACUUUAUGGGUGUUGUCUUCUUGAUAUUUGCAAUCAUCGAAGGAUAUUUCAUUUAUUAAUAUAUCUCAGCUUAAGGAGUUGUAGAAGCUACUUUUAAUUUGAGUCCCAUUCUGAAUACAACAUCUUUGUUAGAAUCACAAUAUAGAUUAGGAGACAAUGCUAUUAGAGAGUAUUUAGUAAAUCCAAAUUAGAGUAUAUAUUGUAAUCCUAAUCCUUUGAAAUUCAUCAAUAAUUAUUUUGAUAGGCUUUACGAGACUAAUGCGGAUGUGUAGACUAAAUUUACUUAAAAUUUGGAUUUGUUUUAGCCUGAUUACAUUAAUUUAUUUCAAGAACUAUUUGUUAAAAACCCCUGUCCUACAGUGGGUAUAUUACAAGAUUUCAUCACAGAGGAUUAUUGUAACACAUUUUUUAAUGGGGUUGUGUCUGAAGGGUUGUCAAUUGGGCUAACCAAAUACUUUGAGAGUCUAGAACUCUUCCUUUUACAAUACUAAUCAUAUUAACUUUAGGAAGGAAAGGAUGAGAUUAGGAAUUUGGUGAUAUAUUUAUUAAAUACUACCUUAAGUGUUGAAAUCAGGACUAUGGAGAAAGUAGUGAUAAGAUACACUUAAAGAUAUUUAAUUGAUCAAUUGGAAUAAAGCAUUAAGGAUUCAUUUAGUGAAUUAUCAUUAACAAGAAUUCUGCUCUUUAUUUGUUUUACGUGGUAUAUAUUAUUUAUUACUUUCUUCCUUUGGAUUCCAGCAAAUUAGGCUUUGAUUAAGUAAAUUUAAAAAAGCAGAACCUUGAUUUUAAAUAUGCCUAUGUCUACUUUGAUGAAUUCUGCCUUAGUUAGAAGAUAUAUAAGAUAAGUACUGAAAAAUUGA